CCUUUUGUAAUAAUCAUGUAAGUGAUUGAGCAAUUGCUUUGUUCCUUUCACGAACAUUUUCCCAUUAUCAAAAAGCUGUGAGUGUAGUCAAGUCUACAUAACAUAAGAACUACGGAAGCUGCUAAUAACUAACACUAGACCUUAUUUCAUGUUAUGGGUAGUGUUGCAUCUUCCUCUCUUCACAAAAGGUACGAUGUUUUUCUAAGCUUUAGAGGUGAAGACACCCGCAACAACUUCACAAGCCACCUUUACACUGCCUUGUGCCAAAAAUCAAUAAAAACAUUCAUAGAUUACAAGGUUCAUAGGGGAGACCAGAUAUCCUCAACAAUCCUCAAACAAAUCGAGGAUUCGUACAUAGCUUUGGUGGUUUUUUCUGAAAACUAUGCUUCCUCUAAGUGGUGCUUGGAGGAACUGGUGAAAAUACUAGCAUGCAAGGAAGAUAAGGGACAAAGUGUUAUACCCGUGUUUUAUAAAAUUGACCCAUCACAUGUUCGAACACAAUCUGGGAGUUACAAAGAAGCAUUUGUUAAACAUGAGAAAGAUGAAGAUUGUAGGCAGAAAGUGUUGAAAUGGAAGGCUGCACUCACUCAAGCUGCUAAUUUAGCUGGUUGGGACUCUUGCAACCAUCCGGACGAAUCUCAACUCGUUCAGAAAAUUGUGAAUGACAUUUUGCAAAAGCUAUAUAGAAGGUACCCAAGUGAAUGGAAAGGUCUUGUUGGAAUUGAGGAUAGUGUUAGACAUGUAGAAUUGUUACUGGAAAAAGUUCCAAUAGUUGGAAUAUGGGGCAUGGGUGGCAUAGGAAAGACAACUAUUGCUAAGGCUGUGUACGCCAAACAUUCUUUCCUCUUUGAAAGUUGUUGCUUCUUGGAAAACGUAAGAGAAGAAUCACAAAAGCAUGGACUUAGACAUUUGUGUGAUAAACUUCUCAUUAAUCUUCAAAAGGAAGAAAAUUUCAUCGGUAGCAGCUUGAAAGUUGAAAGCUCUACAUUUGAGAUGAGAAGACUCAAUAAUAAGAAAGUUUUCAUUGUCCUUGAUGAUGUGAUUAGUUCUGAGCAAUUAGACUAUUUAGCUAGUGAAUGUGAUUCUUCCUUGGGGUCUGGUAGUAGAGUCAUAAUUACAACAAGAGAUAAGCAUUUGUUGAUAGGAAGAGUUGAUGAAAUACACGAGGUCAAGGGAUUGAAUUCUCAAAACUCUCUUAAGCUUCUUAGCUUAAAUGCCUUCAAAGAAAAUCACCCCAAAGUGGGAUAUGAAGAGCUAUCAGAGAGCGCAGUUAUCUAUGCAAAGGGCAUUCCACUAGUUCUCAAAGUUUUGGGUUCACUUUUACAUUCCAAGAGUAUAGAAACAUGGGAUAGUACAUUGAGAAAACUAGCAAAGUAUCCCAAUGUGCGCAUCCAAAAAGUUUUGAAAUUAAGUUAUGAUGAAUUAGAUGAUGUAGAGAAAUUCAUAUUUCUAGACAUUGCAUUCUUCUACAAAGGAGAAGACAAAGAUACUGUCAUAAGGCUACUAGAUGCUUGUGGUUUCUAUGCUGCUAGUGGAAUCGACACCCUUAUAGAUAAAGCUCUUGUUACUAUAUCAAAUGGCAACAGAAUACAAAUACAUGAUUUGAUACAACAAAUGGGUUGGGAAAUAGUUCGUCAAGAAUCUCCAACAGACAUUGGAAGGCGUAGCCGAUUGAGGGACACUGAGGAAGUCUAUAAUGUAUUGAAAAAUAACCAGGGAACUGAUGCAGUAGAAGGUAUCAUAUUGGAUUUGUCUGAAAUUGGAGAUUUAAAAUUGUGUGAUGACACGUUCAAAAGAAUGACUAAACUAAGAUUUCUUAAAUUUCAUUCUGACAAGAGAUCAUGUAAUGUGUACCUUCCUAGUGGUCUUAAGCAAUUUUCUGGUCAAUUAAGGUAUCUUGAGUGGAAUGGAUACCCUUUGGACUCUCUGCCAUCUAGUUUCUGCCCUGAGAAGCUUGUUAAACUUUACAUGCCACACAGCCAUGUUCAAAAACUUUGGGAUGGGUUGCAGGAUUUUGUCAAUUUAGAAGGAAUAGAUCUUUAUGGAUCCAAACAGUUGAUUGAGCUCCCAGAUUUCUCAAAGGCAUCGAAGCUUAAAUGGACAGAUCUUUCCCUUUGUGAAAGUUUGAGUUAUGUUCAUCCCUCCCUUUUAUCUCUCCACUCACUGGUUACUUUGAGACUAUCUAAAUGCAAAAGUCUCAAGACUCUUCAAAGCAAUAUUCAUCUAAAAUCACUUGAAUAUCUCUUUGUUGAUGGUUGCUGGAGUCUCGUUGAAUUUUCAUUGACAUCAGAGAAAAUGAGACAGUUGGAUUUUAGAGGGACAUCAAUCAAAACAUUGUCCUCGUCCAUUGAGCUUUUCAGCAACCUUGAAGAGCUCUAUCUCUGUGACUCACUCAAGAAUCUUCCAAACAAAUUGUCUUCCAUUAAAUCUCUUAAGGAUCUUAGCCUUGCUAAUUGCAGACAGCUUGACACAUCAAAUUUGCACAUACUACUUGAUGCUUCAAGGUCUCUCCGAAGACUGUGUCUGAAUUACUGUCACAUAUUUGAACUCCCUCACAACAUAAAUGUCUUAUCAUGGUUACAUGAACUAAGGCUAGAUGGAAGCAGCGCGGAGAGUUUGCCUUCAAGCAUCAAGCAUCUCUCAGGUUUACAAAUUCUUUCCUUAAGAGAUUGCAAGAGGCUUUGUUCUCUACCAGAGCUUCCACCAUCCAUUAAAAAACUAGAUGCAUGUAACUGCAUAUCAUUAGAGACGGUUUUCACCAUAGCCACUUUUAGAUUGCCAAAAAGAAAUGACAACAAGCGCUUUUUAUUCCAAAAUUGUGUGAAACUGGAUGAACAUUCAGUCUAUGGUAUCGUGGAGCAUGCACACUUCACAAUGAAGGAAGCAGCAUAUGGGAAUGUCUUGAUAAGAGAUGAAAUUCCCAUAUGGGGACCUAAUGACUAUAACCGUGGUGCAUUUUGUUUGCCAGGAAGUAGAGUUCCUGAUUGGUUCAAAUAUCAAACCAAAGAAGCUUCAUUAACUGUUGAUUUUUCUUCAUCUUCUGACUUGUUGGGUUUCCUUCUAUCUGUAGUGUUUGGUAAGUUCCCUUCAAAUGAAAAGUAUGCUGCUACCAUUGGAUGUGAAUGCUACUUAGUAGAUGGUGGAAAGGUGGGUUACACAAGCAACUGGUAUAAUACAGAUAUCACACAAUUGAAGUCAGAUCAUGUUUAUCUAUGGUAUGAUCCUUUUUUUUGUGACAUGGUACUGAUGGCAGUGAAAGAACGUGGGGUUAUAAGUGAUCAUAGCAAUAUUUAUAACCCAAAAGUUUCAUUUAAGUUUGUUGUUACAAUUUAUAAAUGUGGUAUGAAUGUGAAAGACCAUGGUUGCUUGAUUGGUAUGAAGGAGUGUGGAGUUUGUCCAAUAUAUGCCUCAGAGCAUCACAGUUUCAUGAAUCAAAUGAAAUUGGAGUUAAAGUACAGUGACAUGACCAAGAGAAGUAGGGAGGAGCAGGAGAAGGAGCACUUCCCUCCAACGAAGAGAUUGAAGGAAUCUUCAAUGAUUGAACUUGAUGAUUAAGGAAUUUGUACCAUUGGAAUUGGUGGUUUAACGUAUUUUAUUUUUUCAUUUUGUAUAAACUACAAAUCUGAUUGAUCUUAUUGUUACCCUACAUGAGGCAUUUUCUUUCAUUGUCUUGAUUUCUUGUUUCAU